AUGAAGGACAAGAAGUUCACGAAGUCAGGCGGAAAGCGCAUGAGCAUCCGGCUGGCAGUCACCCCAGCCGCGAAGACCACCAAGAUCUCGAUUGUGAUCUACCACGGCGCGGCACCUGAGACCGCCGGCCACCACCACGUCGCCCUCCACAUUCAGUUUGAGGGCAGCGAAGAGCUCAUCGCGUAUAUGAGCAACACGUUCGCGGCUCACAGCUUCCUCGGCGGGACUCGCCACGCCGGCCGAGGUGAGCAGACCAUCGAGGCGCUCCUCUUCGUCGCCUUCGCCCCUAACACCCUGACUAGAGGGAUGCUAGAUGACAUCUUGGCCAGGACUCGCAUCCGCGAGGACGGGCACGAAGGCGGCGAAGAGUGGAGCUGCCAAGAAUGGGUCAAGGAGGCCCUGUUGGAGUUGGAGCUGGCGGGGGCAAUCACCGCCAACGAGCGGACUGAGGGCAUCGCGAAGAUGUUCGAGUCCAUCUCGGACUCCGAGGACCCAGACCGAAUGUAA